AUGCACAACACUUUCAUUGAAAGCCUAUGGGGAAAGUAUCGCUUGUUUAACUCUGACUCUUCCUCGGCCCUGGGCUGUGCGAGCGGGGAGCGCGUUGGAUUUGGCGCCCCAUCAAUCGGCCUAUUCUAUUUGGCGCAGUCUCACCCUUUUACUAUUAGCUGGUGGGAGGACAACGACAUCGGCAAGGCGACUUCUGUCUCCCUCCUUCUACGGUCACGCUCCGGCUUCACCAGAAAGCUACUCGAUCGCCUUGGGCAAGAACGAGAAUACACGGUUUGGAUCGAUGGUCCGUUUGGUCCCGCAUCAAUCGGCCCAUGCGGCUUUGGUGGGCAGAUGGGAGACUACGGUCAUGUUUUCAUGGUAGCGACAGGAAUCGGGAUUGCUACACAGCUGCCCUACAUCAAGGAGCUGCUAGGAGAAUAUCGCAAAGCGCGCAUCCGGACUCAGAGGAUCUCCCUCAUUUGGCAGCUAGAUGAGGAAGGUGACUGGGAGAGUGCUCACGACUGGUUACAAAUGCUGGUCAAGCAGGAUGAGGGAUGCUUACUCAACGUCACAGUCUACGACACAUUGGAGCCAGCAUCAAAGGGAGACCCGCAACGCUUUGGGUAUCAUGACUUGAUCAAAGUCCAUAGCGGAAGGCCGAACUGGGAACUGCAACUGUCAUCUGAGGUAGAAAAGCAGAAAGGCAGGAUGCUCGUGGCAGUAUCUGCUUGUCGCCCUGUGCGAGAUCAGAUGCUACGUCUGGCGGCUUGUCGGGGAGAGCUUGAUGAGGUAGAGAUGGCAAUUAUUAGCAAAGAGGUAUUGGGGGGACUCAAUUACAUUCAUAAUAACUCGGCCUCGCCCACGAACAUGUGGAUUCCAAGAACAUCCUCCUCUCCUACACCACAUGCCGCGGCUGUAGGGGCUUUACUGGUCGAUUUGAAAGAGCCUGGAACGAGCGGCCGCAAUCCGGGAACCCUGCAGCUCGCAAGACCCCAGGACGUCAGUGAUUUGUGCAAUGAAUUUAUCCAACAGUCCGCAACAUUAAGUGCAGAGGCACUCCUGAAAGUAAGCAAGCCUAGUGUCCUACCAAGCGCUGCUAACAAAAUUAGCACGACUUUCUUCUCAAGUUCCCAGGAGUUGGCCGCAUGA